CUGUCUCUCUGCUCUGGAUCAUACAUAAUAACAUUACCACCUCACCCGCCCCAUGCCUCUUGUCUCCUGCACAAACAUACUCACGGAUACCCAGUCCCAUUUCUGAUCAGACCCCAUCACUCCGGACGAGUCGAGGGUGUCUCUUGUUCUUCCUAUAUUACUUUCAGACCUCGCUCGCCUUGGCACGUCAAAUCCCACGAACACCUACCUCUUCCGUUCUGCUCUCAGCCGUCUAUCCUUCCGGUCCUCCUCGCUGCCCCCGGGACUCACAUCUUCCAUUAGUCGCCCCGUCCCAUCUUCUUCAUUCCUCACAACUUGGGAACGCACCAGAGCCCGUUACUUGUUUUGUUUCACUCGCCUGCGAGCUUUCCCGCCCUCCAUUACGCUGACUUUUCUGCGCUCGGUUUCGCGCCUCGACUUGUCUCUGGUUGCCCUGCCGCUGUCACCGGAUCUCUUUUCCUCUAAUAAAUUGGCUUGCCCAGGCCUGGACAUAUAUCACUUCAAGUCUCGGCACACCCCGCACCCGUCCAAGCAUCUUAAUACAAUACCACUGCCCUCCACCUUGAACUGCCACAUCCACCACUGGUAGUUUACAAUCAUCACAAAUUGCCGAACACCGCCUUGGCUUGAGGACAUUGGUGGAAUCGUUACAGACGCAGUAGUACUUGGAGCACACAUCCAGUACAAGUCAACAGGCUAGUUGCAUCAACUCAGACGACCUGCAUCGUUGGAGGAAAGGCAAAAGAAAGGAACCAGAAGGUUUUCUUCGUGGCUGGAACUACUUCGACAUCGACAGACAUCGCGGGAAACAGAUUACCAGACGAGCAUCCCCGAACCUCAUCUAAACCCUCGACAACCAGGAUUGAGUUGAGACACGACGACAAAAGACGGUCUUCGCGCAUUCAAACACCAACUCUUGUAUACACCACAAUCACCUAUUACCAACCCUAAUCACCGAAAAAAUGAAGCCUUCAUCACUACUCUUCGCCCUGGGCUUCACCCAGUUCGGCCUGGCUGCUCCCGUCCCAUCAACCAUUUCAGAUAUGGUCUCACACGUCAAGACCGAGGCACGUCGUCUGACGAGGGUAACACGCGUGUCUAUGCACCGUACACGACCCAUCUCUGACGUCUAUGACAUCGAAACCGAGUUCAACAACGAGCCAGUAACACCAUCCGAGGACAUGCCCCCGUCAAUCGUCCUCGCCGCACCGCGGCCUUUGAAGACCAGCUACCUCCAGUCCCUGUCAAGGCACCCGGCACCUCACGGCAAGGACAGAGUGGUGGACGUUGUGGGCGACGGAACCCCUGAGACGAUCACGCCAAUGUCGCUCAAGGAUGGCCUGGCGGAACUGUUGCCUUCUGGUCGCCUGCCGUCCUGGAAGCAAAUCACCCGGCCGACGAUGAGGAUCUUUGAGCAGCACCCUGAUCUAAUUGUUCUCGGCGCCGUCAUCGCCCUUGUUCUCGUCCUUUUGGUGCUGGAGUUUGUCGGUACUACCUUCCAAGGAGUACGCCAGCACUAUGACCCGCAAGGAGUAAUCCGGCUAGAGGUGGACGAGAAGGCGUGCAAGACACCAUCGUUCCGAUGUGACUCGGUGCCUUAUCAUGACGAGGAGGGGCAGGAUGCCGAAGAACCGAGACCAUGAUUCUAUGGAAAUGGUUUAACCCAGGAAGGGCAACGAAAAAAGAAAAACGAAAACACCAACACUCAACAAGUCUCAGGACUUGCGGACUAUUUUAAUGUGAUUACUAGACAUUGCGAUACCAUCUUCUUACUAGUAUUGAGCGCGGCGCUGGUUAACGG